UCGGAUGUUUGGAGAUGGAAAUUUUCCAUCCAAGAAAAUCUGUGAAAUUAUUUCCCUCGUCAUCGCCAGCCUCCUCAUCAGUGAAUAAAUCCGUGGCCACUCGAAGCGCCUUCCGGUUAUCGACCGUACUGCGUUCCGUUGUUUAGUGUGCAAAAUUAUCCGACGUGUGGCCCUCCCGCUUUUGCAUCAGACGGCCCUGCUUCGAAAGAUUCCCGGAUCCCAGUGAAUAAUCCCUGUCGAAUCCUUUUAAAAUUCCCCGCCCCCGUCCGCGAAACAAAGUACAAAAUCAUCUCAGUGUCAACACGGACGGCCACACCACACCUCCAGAUACACGAUGAGCGCCCUCCUGCGAAACCGGAGUCAGCUGUUUGGCUACUGCCGCAGUGUCCACCCACAUGCCCACAUCCGGAUGGCCAGCUAUCGAUCAAAGCGUCCACUAGGAUUGCUGUGUCAGCAGUACGAUGGUGUGAUUCUGGCCAACACAACCCUAACCGGUGCAAACAACAGAUCGUCCGGUUGGCGAACGAGUGCGACCGGUAGCGGCACCGGCACCGUACCACUGCUCGAUGCCCUCGGGUACACCGGUAGCACAACCUGCGUUCGCUGCAUUUCCACCACGAGCUGGUUGCGUGAGCAACCUUCUUCCAAGGUCGAGGUCACGGUACAAACGUUGAAACAGACGCAGAAAGAAAAGGAGAAGGAACAACAGCAGCAACAGCAACAGAAUGGUGCACAAUCGAUCGCUGCAAAAGUGUUUGCCGAUAGCGGUGCACCGGCGCCGUCAUCGCCAUCGACGCCCGAUAACGGACGGACGGCGGGGACAGCACAAGCAGCCGCACAAGCUGCUGCCUCGCAAGCCGUCGUACCGACGGCACCGGUUGUGAAGAAAACGCUACAGCAACGGAUCUGGGCCGAGCUAGUGCACUACUAUCACGGGUUCCGGUUGCUUUUCAUCGACAUCAACAUCAGCCGGAAGCUGCUGUGGCGUGUACUUAACGGCAAAACGUUAACCCGGCGUGAGCACCGGCUGCUCAUUCGCACCACGUCCGAUCUGUUCCGGCUCGUGCCGUUCUCGGUGUUUAUCAUCGUGCCGUUCAUGGAACUGCUGUUACCUCUGGCGAUCAAACUGUUCCCGGGCAUGCUACCGUCCACCUUCCAGACGGCGACGGAGCGUGAGGAUAAGAUCAAGCAGAACCUCAAGGUGAAGCUCGAGAUGGCCAAGUUCCUGCAGAAGACGCUCGACGAUAUGGCGGUCCAGAAUCGGGAGCAUCGGUCGCAGGCGGCCAAGGAUUUUAGCGAGUUUUUCUCGCGCGUCCGCACGACCGAGAACUUUACGAUCUCGAACGAGGAGAUGCUCAAGUUCUCGAAGCUGUUCGAGGAUGAGAUCACGCUCGAUUCGUUGACGCGCCAGCAGCUGCAGGCCCUGUGCCGGGUGCUAGAAGUGUCCCCGAUCGGUACCUCGAAUCUGUUGCGUUUUCAGUUGCGGCUCAAGCUGCGCAACCUGGCAGCUGACGAUCGUACCAUCCAGAAGGAGGGCAUAGAGUCGCUAAACCUGUCCGAGCUGCAGGCAGCGUGUAGGGCACGCGGUAUGCGAGCUUACGGUGCCUCCGAGGAACGGUUAAAGUCUCAGCUACAGGAAUGGAUCAAUUUGAGCCUGAACGAGAAGGUACCACCAUCGUUGCUGCUGCUUUCGCGGGCCCUCAUGCUACCGGAGAACAUUACGACGAGCGAUAAGCUGAAGGCGACCAUUUCCUCGCUGCCCGAUUCGGUCGCAACCGUCACGAAGGCUGCCAUCGGUGAGCGGGAGGGUAAGAUCGACAAUAAGACCAAGAUCGAGGUCAUUAAAGAGGAGGAACGGAAGAUCAAAGAGGAACGCGAGGAGGAGAAGGAAAAGCAAAAAGACGAACAGGAGCUGGUGGACAGUGCUCCGGUGCUUAUGGCCGAUGGACAACCGGCUGCUGCCGGUGCUGGUGCUGACGCGAAGGUGCCACCGGUGGUGCGUCCAGUAGAAGAUGUCAUCUUCGCACCCGCCCCGGAAACGAAGAUCCUACUCGAUCAGAUACCACCACAACCGCACACCGCGGUUGAGGAGCUGUCGAGCAAGGAUUUGGAGGUGCUUGAAGAUGCGCUGGAUUCGCUGGGCAAGCACAAGAAGACGCUGCUCGUCGAGAAGGAGGAAAUCCGCGAUCUGAAGGAAGAGAUCGCCGACUACAAGGAAGAUGUACUAGAGCUUCAAGAAGUUGUUACUGCCGCCAAAAAUCCGGACGAGGUGCAGGUAAAGGAAUCCCGGGCUGCCAAGUUGCUGUUCAAGAAGGUUAACUCGAUGAUCAACAAGAUGGACACGGUGCUGACGGAUCUCGAGCGGAAAGAGAAGCAGCUCAAGGAGCAGGUGCAUGCGGCGGAAACGAGCGAAACCGCCGAGGUACCCCCGGCUGCCGGUGAAGAGCUGGUGCGGAUAGAUGAGCUUAUGUCCGCCAUCAAGAAGAUCAAGAACGUAACGGACGAUUCUCGGUUGGAUCAAAUUUCCAAAAUCCUCGGAAAGAUCGAUGACGAUCAGGAUGGACAGAUCAAGGUGGAGGAUGUGCUGAAGGUUAUCGAGACGAUCGGUAAGGAGAACGUUAAGCUGAACUCGAAACAGGUGGACGAGCUGAUCGAUCUGCUCGAGAAGGAAGAGGUGCUCGAGGCGGAGGACAAAAUCGAAAAGGCGCUCACCAAGAGCCUGGAAGCCAAAGAGAAGCAGAAGGAGCAGAAAGAGAAAGAAAAAGAGAAGCUGCUCGAGCUGACCGAUAAGGCGACAGAUCUGAGUGCGCUGGCAGGGCCUCCUCCCACCACCACCAACCACCAGCCACUAACGACGACGUCGGCGACGGCGGAAGACGGUACGGCCAUCAUCGAUGCGGACGCACUGCAGAAAGUGGUGGAGGAACGUAAGAAAAACGCCAGUAUUAGUGAGCCGGCAGGCGCGGCUGCGGCCGAGAGUGGAGCUACACCAGUGACGCCGCCACCACCGACGACACGCACCGAAUCCGGCACCGGAGUACCAAAGGACAAAAUGCUUUAACGCGCGCCAUUCUGGAUCAACGUGGAUCCCCACCACUCUCUCUCUCUCUCUUUCUCUCUGUCUCUACCUCGCGAUCUGCUUCACGAGUGCGCGCUCCUUCAACAGUGUCACCUUGUCUGUCCGGCGUUCUGCGGCUUCUUACUGCGGCGAUGGCGGUGUGUUCCGGUGUUUCCAAAUGUUCGAAAUGGCUGUGCCUGGGUCCGAUUUCGAUUGGUGAGAGAAGCGCGACCCUCCCCCUUGUCUAGGUGCGAAAGUGUAGACGCCGUAUGAUGCCGAAUGCAAAAUUGUUACAAACCCAUACCAGGGGCCUGGUUUCCAAAUUCGAAUCAGUAGCGAAGCGAAGUGACGAAACAGGGAGCGAAUGGAAACGAUCCCAGGGGGAAAGGAGAACAAAGCUUAAUCUAGAUUAUUUUAAGUAUUCACCAGAAAUCACCUUCCCUUUUUCUACCUUUUUGCGUUUUUUUAAUGUAGAGCAUCAUGUUACCGGAUAGUGAAUCCAUUCCGUAAGACCCUUAUUUGUUGAUCCAACAAACACAUUCUCCCACCCGCCGUAUCGAACCAAAUUAGCGAAUUCUACCUUAGCGCAAAGCAGGCUUUCUCUUCACGAUUUUGGUGCAGAAGAACACUGUUCCGUUUCUCCAGAGCGAGCGAGAACCGAGAUCAUCGCUAGCGGGGGCGAUAGAAUUGAAGCAAUUUACGUUGUUGCUACCGGUGCUGUGUAAACAAAUGGAGAAGCUUAAAAAGCAAAGUUUAACAAAAAAAAUGCAGAAUGCAUAACGAACGAACGCAUAAUGUAAGUUUAGUGUACAAUAAAGAUGAUAAUUUAUUAUAAACGUUCUAAC